AAAGAGGAUGUGAGAGAUGCUGUUUGAACAGAGUCUCAUGGCUGCUCAGCAGCAGCAGCAGCAGCAGACAAACAGAGGGGGGCGAAGGACUGCGCGAGUUAGCACAGAGAGAGACGGGCGCUCUCAUCAGAAACAGGCUCACCGGCUGCGUGGAAAGAGCUGCGGUGCAGGAGGAGCACAAGAGGCGCAAUGGGGGCACAAGCUGACUGAAAACCACCGAAAAACGCGAGAGAGAGGGGGGCAGGAUAAACAGAGCAAUCGCAGAGGAGAGAGAAGUCAUUCAGAGCGGGGAGAAGGAGAAAGCCAGAUGAAGCAGCGGAGGAUAUGGGAGGAGGAGGAGAGCGCUCCAACAAGCCUUCACUGACGGGAGGAGAAGCAAGAGAGAGCGCACACAAAGUGGAAAAGAAGAGGAGAAGGAGAGGAAGCCGGGGAGGGGGCAACAAAAUCUAAGCUCAACUAAAGCGAGAAGAGGAGGAGCGUGAUGCAAGGCGAUGGGUUUGAUUUGGAGUGAGUAUUUUUAGACAGAAAAGCAGGGACAUGAGAGUAAUCCUGAGAUGAGAGAUACUGUUUUGGAGUCUGGGAGGAAAAGUCAAGAGGAAGACAGAAUAACAGACAGCGGUUAAAAGAGGGGAGUGAUGAAGAUCAGAGAGAGACAGAACAGAUAAGCUCUGGUCUGGAAACCGCUGUGCAUGUCAGUGAGUGUGCGUGAGUGCCUUCCUCCCCCUGUGAAGCUGCGCUGUGCCGCGUUUCUGACUGCUGCAAAUCAGAUCUGCUACAGAUGAAGCUGCUGUGGUCAUCCACCAACACUGGAGAGACGAUAAAGUUAAAAGUGAAGCAAGAGUUAAAAAAAAAGCCUCUCCUCACUAUUGAUGAAGAACUGACUGCAGCCGGCUCAUUGAUGUUUGUGAAGCUGGAAAAAAAGAAGAGACUCAGAAGAGGAGAACGCUGGCUCCUCUUUAGCACCCGUCUCCCCCGCUGUCAUUUCAUUAAUUUAAUCAUCCUCCUUGAUUUCCUCUUUGCUUAACCGUCUGUGUUUGGUAUUCUGCGGUCUCCUCUUCCUCUCUCAUCACCUCUUUGCCUCAUCCUCUCUUGUUUGCUGCCACGAUACCGGAUUCUGUCAUCUAAAAGGCACAUGGCUUUGCGUGACUUUUCCCCUUCGUCAUGUGUGGAUCUGGGCGGGAAAACAAUCACCUCCUUUAGAUGAGGAUAACUUCCCAACACACGGGUUUUUGCAGGUUCAGGUACCAUCACAGGGGCUAAAGCACAUGUCCAUGCGUGGAUUGUAUCAGUAGAUUUCUGGAGCUACAUGUGGGCCCCGGCCCCGGAGUCCUGGCUGGGAUAUGAAGCCUCUCCUGCAGCUGUAGGAGUGCUGUGGGCAGCUAUGGCCCUGGAGGGGGGCUGCAUCCGAAGGGCGUCCCCGGCCAUGAUCAGAAAGGGCUGUCAGAAGCGUCGCACCAAGCCGUCUCUGGCUCAGGCCACACCCACUCUGCUGUCGAGGACACGCCUUCAUGGCCUGCGGCACAUCUGCGUGCCCGGCGGCUCCGUGGGCCGCAGGGCCUUCUGGCUGCUGGCCCUCUGCACCUCUCUGGGUCUGCUUUUGUCCUGGUCCUCCAACCGUCUCCUCCACUGGCUCUCCUUCCCCACGUACACUCGCGUCCACACCGAAUGGGCCAAGGAGCUGGCCUUCCCCGCGGUCACGAUCUGCAACAACAACCCCAUCCGCAUGUACAAACUCACCAAGAGCGACCUGUAUUUCGCUGGACAUUGGCUCGGCCUGCUGCUGGCCAACCGAACAAUGAGGCCCAUGGUUUUGGACUUGCUACAGGAAGACCGCCGGGCCUGGUUCCGAAAACUGUCGGACUUUAGACUGUUCCUUCCUCCAAGAAACUUUGAGGGAACCAACCUGGAGUUUAUGGACCGGCUGAGCCACCAACUGGAUGACAUGCUCCUCUCCUGCAAGUACAGAGGGGAGUCCUGCGGCCCUCACAACUUCUCCUCUGUGUUCACCAGGUAUGGGAAGUGCUACAUGUUCAACGCAGCCGAAGAAGGGAAGGAUCUCCGCACCACCAUGAAGGGAGGGACGGGAAACGGGCUGGAGAUCAUGCUGGACAUCCAGCAGGACGAGUACCUGCCGGUGUGGGGGGACACAGAGGACACGGCCUUCGAGGCGGGCGUGCGGGUGCAGAUCCACAGCCAGGCGGAGCCUCCCUUCGUUCAUGAGCUGGGAUUCGGCGUGGCCCCCGGCUUUCAGACCUUUGUGGCCACACAGGAGCAGAGACUCACCUACCUGCCUCCCCCGUGGGGAGAGUGUGAGUCCAGAGCUCUGGAGUCCGGCUUUUUCCAGGUCUACAGCGUGACGGCCUGCAGGAUCGACUGCGAAACGCGCUACAUCGUGGAAAACUGCAACUGCAGGAUGGUGCACAUGCCUGGCGAUGCUUCGUACUGCACGCCUGAACAGUACAAAGACUGUGCUGAACCUGCUCUGGCCAAACUGUCCGCUCUGGAGAGCAGCAGCUGCGUGUGCAGGACGCCGUGCAACAUGACCCGCUACAACAAAGAGCUAUCCAUGGUCAAAAUUCCCAGCAAGACCUCGGCGCGGUACCUGCAGAAGAAGUUCAACAAGUCAGAGAAGUACAUCACAGACAACAUUUUGGUGCUGGACAUUUUCUUCGAGGCGCUGAACUACGAGACCAUCGAGCAGAAGAAAGCUUAUGAAGUGGCCGGUUUGCUGGGUGACAUCGGUGGUCAGAUGGGAUUGUUCAUCGGCGCCAGCAUCCUCACCAUCUUGGAGCUGUUUGACUACGCUUAUGAGGUGGUAAAGGACAGACUGCUGGAUUUACUGAGCAGAGAGGAGGAGGAGGAGAGCCAUGCAGAGGAUGUGAGUUCCUGUGAUCCUGUGGGGAACCACUCAGAGUCCAUCAGCCACACGGUCACGGUCCCUCUGCAGACGACGCUGGGCACCCUGGAGGAGAUAGCCUGCUAACUCCGUCCCUCAGAGCAGCUGCUCACACACGGACCUGAACCCGGGACGGGGGGGCCGGUCUGAGGACGCUGCUGCUCCCUGUCACGGCGCUCUGCUGCGCCACUAAUGGGGAUUAAAGAGCUGUCAGUGGAACUUAUCGGCGCUCUCCGUCACCCUCGUCUUUUGGGAGGGCGGCUCCUGCUCUCAGACCCUCCACGGGGGUCUCCGCUCAGAAGACACUCCCCCCAUGAAGGGGCUCUGGAACAUCUAUGUAACAAACACAUUCACAUGUCGCUCACUGCCAAAACCGUACAAAGCUGGUCUCCAAACUGCAUGCGUCCAUCUUUCUCGCUCUUUUUGCUGAUGCAGUGUUGCUUUACCGUACACGUGUGCCAUUCGUCCGUCUGCAGGGCCGGUCAGCCCUCGAAUGUACUGGACAUCGCCGCUCAAUCAACUGAAAGGAAAGUCUUUCUGUCAGUGUACACAUUCUUUGGUCCUUCUAUUUUCUUCUUUUUGCAGAUUUCCUCUGAGAUCUAACAGGGAUGAUGUGCCCCCACUGAUCGUUUAUACCACUAGCAGACUUCUGUUUCCUGCUAAACACAAAUGAAGCUUUAGCUGAACAAAUGCUAGAAUGUCAUGGUGAGGUUUUGAUGACCCAAAGAAAACCCCGGGCCGGCAGCCCUUUGGAUCUCGCUGAAAUACGUUCAAAAGCACCGUAUGGCGCCGCGACGAUCUGCUUCGUUGUGCUGUAAAUAAUUGUUGAUUUUAUUUUUUUUCCUUACGAAACGGGUCCCACGCAGACGAUUUAAAAGAAGCUGACCACACAUCACGUAUUUGAAAUAAAGUUGUCAGACAAACAGUAGCAUUUCUGCGUUGGCUGAAUGUCAAAGCGAAGGCAGAGAUCCUCUUCAGGACUGAACCUCAGACAACAGCUGGACACCAAAAGACAAGAUUCCGAUUUGGUUUGUCUGACUUUUCGUGACGAUCAUCGCGGCAUGGUCUUUGUCUUCAUGACGUUAGAGAUAGGAAUGAACUCCAGUGCUGUUUGAAUUGUGAUUUCCAUCUGUUGCAUAACCUGCUGUCUGUGUGUACUCGCUCAUCUUGUGGCUUCUGAUGAGCACAGCCUCCGCAGGCCUGCAGGGACGAGCGUGUCGCUCCUCCAGGCAGCAGCAACGGGCCGCCUCCUCUCAUUUCUUUGGCUCCAGUUGUUGCGACAGGACGGCGUUUUCUCAUUUUGUGAUGCAGCAUAACAGUGUGUGUUUCUAAUGUGAAAUGAUUAAAUGAAAAAGUGGUUUUGCAA